CAGGGACAGGAGGCUGAGAACAGCAGAGAGAGAGAGCGGCUAGGAAAGCAGGUUGCUCGGGUCUCCUGCGUUGACUGCAGGCCAAGGAGGCUAGAGAACUAAAAUCACAGAAGGUGGGCUGGAAGGGCUGGGACCAGCCAGAGUGGGGAGGAGAUGUCUGGCAGCUGUUAGCAGAGAGCUCCGACUCUUCUCAUGGCCCCAGUGCUUCCCUGCACCUUCCGGCCUGGCCUGAUCCUAUUUGCUAGGGAGGCUGGCUUCAACAUGCCUGAGCCUGUCAGUGAUGGGAAGGAGUAGGAUGAAGGAGGGCCCAGGAAAGGUCGGGGAUAAGCACCAUCUUGUCCCUCCUCAUUCUUGCCUCAUCCUCUGCAAAUGUGACAGGCAGGAGGCAGGAUUAGCUACCUCAUCCACUGCAGCUUCUCCCGUCAGCCUCCCUAACUAAACCUCUCUGGACCCAUCGCUGUUCUCUCCCAGCUGGCCCCCUUGUAGGAGGAUGUCUGUCUGCUACCAUCCACCCGGGAAUGAGACGCUGCUGAGCUGGAAGGCCUCGCGGGCCACCGGUACCGCCUUCCUGCUGCUGGCCGCACUGCUGGGACUGCCGGGCAACGGCUUCGUGGUGUGGAGCUUGGCGGGCUGGCGGCCCACGGCGGGGCGGCCGCUGGCGGCCACACUGGUGCUGCACCUGGCGCUGGCCGACGGCGCGGUGCUUCUGCUCACCCCGCUCUUUGUGGUCUUCCUGAGCUGGCAGGCCUGGCCCCUGGGCCAGGUGGGCUGCAAGGCUGUGUACUACGUGUGCGCGCUCAGCAUGUACGCCAGCGUGCUGCUCACCGGGCUGCUCAGCCUGCAGCGCUGCCUAGCUGUCACUCGGCCCUUUCUGGCUCCCAGACUGCGCAGCCCGGCCCUGGCCCGCCGCCUGCUGCUGGGGGUCUGGCUGGUCGCCCUGGUGCUCGCCAUCCCGGCCGCCGUCUACCGCCACCUCUGGGGCGAUCGCGUGUGUCAACUGUGCCACCCAUCGGCGGUGCACGCCGCUGCUCAUCUGAGUCUGGAGACCCUCACUGCCUUCGUCCUGCCUUUUGGGACAGUGCUCAGCUGCUACGGCGUGACUCUGGCGCGGUUGCGGGGCGCGCGCUGGGGCUCGGGGCGACGCGGCACGCGGGUGGGUCGUCUGGUGAGCGCCAUCGUGCUGGCCUUCGGCUUGCUCUGGGCCCCCUACCACGCGGUCAACCUCUUGCAGGCGGUGGCCGCGCUCGCUCCGCCGGAAGGGACCCUGGCCAGGCUUGGCGGGGCGGGCCAGGCGGCGCGCGCUGGGACUACAGCCUUGGCUUUCUUCAGUUCCAGCGUCAACCCGGUCCUCUACGUCUUCACUGCGGGGGAUCUGCUGCCCCGGGCGGGGCCCCGGUUCCUUACUCGGCUUUUCGAGGGUUCUGGGGAGACCCGAGGGGGCAGCCGCUCUAGGGAGGGUACCAUGGAGCUCCGAACUACACCUAGGCUGAAAAUUGUGGGGCAGGGCAGGGGCAAUGGAGACCCUGGAGGCGGAGGCAGGAUGGAGAAGGACAGUCAGGAAUGGUAGCCAAGACCUCAAACCUCCGGGCUCUCCUACCGCUUUCCAUUGUUCCUUGAGCUCUAGGGUACUUGGGGACGGACUCUUCUCCGAUGGCAGUUUGGGUUUGACUGGACAGGAUUACUCUAUAAACCCAGAUUACUCCAAACCACGGGAUUGUGAGGGUGACUGUGGCCCAUGUUCAAAACUGGUACUUGCAGUACGGCCUGGAUUGCUUACAUGUUUCCAGCAGCUAUUCUUGUGAUAAUACACCGGGAAGCCAUUGGCUGACGGCUGAAAUAUUGGCGGCUCAUCAUGCCGGCGUUGCACUGAAGCCACCUCAUUCUCCACUGGGACAGGCCAGGAUGGGACAGUGCCAGCCUUCGGUGGCUUUUUCUGCCCUGCCUCCUGAACCUGGUUACCUGUUUCCCCAGGUCUGUCUCUAGAACCACUGAGAAGUUUGGAUGGGGGUGAAUAAAAUUUAUUCUUAGAA